AUGGAUAACCAUGGACUGUUACCUAAAGAUAAGUUUCGCAGAACAAUCAGAAAAGCACAAAGACAGUUCUGGCGCAAUAAGCUAGUAAUUGCAGCACAAACGAAAGAGGUCUUCGAUAUCAGCAAAUGGCAUAAAUCGAGGGGUUCAUACCGCAGCCCUCCUCUUAAGGACCCUUUAAGGCCGAAUGAUCUGCCCGCAGUCUUUGUUCAGGAGAAGCGAGAUCUACUAGUUCGCAACCUUCUUCAAAAUACAACAGAGGCAGGGGAUAUUUCGCUAGAAUGCCCAGCUGUCCCUACCGCUACCCUUUCGUUCCCUGAGAUCACCAUGGCACAAGUGGAAAAGUCUAUCUUAAAGGCUAGAAACACUGCUCCAGGCGAAGACGAACUCCAAACUAACAUCCUAAAGACAGCCUGGCCACUAAUCAAGGACAAGAUCUUAGCCCUAUUCUAA